AUGACAGAGCACACAUCUAAGAAACAGGGAUUUAAAAAGUGUCGGAGUGCCACUUUCAGCAUUGAUGGCUUCAGCUUUACUAUCGUUGCCAAUGAAGCUGGUGAAAAUAAUCAGCGAAGGCUGGCUCGCUUCGCACGCUCCCAGUCCCAGAAUGCCCUCUGGAAUGCUGUCACAGCUGGUGUCGGCAUCACAGAAGGAAGAGGAAUUCUGAUCGAUCCACGAAGUGCUGAAGAGAUCCUGGCUGACGAGCUGCCGACAACUGAUGCUCCUGAUGCCAUGGAGAAGACAGCUAUCAGGUUGCGAUGCCUGGUCAAGCAGCUGGAGAGGGGGGAAGCAUCAGUGGUGGACCUCAAGAAGAACCUGGAGUAUGCUGCCUCAGUCCUUGAAUCUGUCUACAUUGAAGAGACAAGGCGAUUGGUGGACACGGAGGAUGAGUUGAGUGACAUCCAGUCGGACUCGGUGCCGUCGGAGGUUCGUGAUUGGCUAGCUUCCACCUUCACCCGCCAGAUGGGUCUGAUGCUGCGACGCACCGAGGAGAAACCGCGCUUCCGCAGCAUAGUUCAUGCUGUGCAGGCCGGGAUUUUUGUGGAGAGGAUGUACAGACGGACCUCCAACAUGGUCGGCCUCAGUUACCCUCCCAAUGUCAUCUCUGUGCUCAAGCAUGUGGACACGUGGUCCUUUGAUGUGUUUGCGCUGAACGAUGCCAGCGGAGACCACGCACUGAAAUUUAUCUUCUAUGAGCUGCUCACCAGAUACGACUUAAUCAGUCGCUUCAAGAUCCCCAUCUCUGCCCUGGUGUCUUUUGUCGAGGCCUUGGAGGUGGGUUACAGCAAACACAAGAACCCCUACCACAACCUGAUGCAUGCCGCCGAUGUCACGCAGACUGUCCACUACCUGCUCCUCAAGACUGGCGUAGUGCAUUGGCUGACUGAGUUGGAGAUCUUUGCCAUGAUCUUUGCAGCUGCCAUCCAUGACUAUGAACACACUGGGACCACCAAUAACUUCCAUAUUCAGACGAGGUCAGACACAGCCAUCCUGUACAACGACCGAGCCGUCCUGGAGAACCACCAUGUGAGCGCUGCCUACCGCCUCCUACAAGACGACGAUGAGAUGAACAUCCUCUUCAACCUAUCCAAAGAUGACUGGAGAGAACUGCGGGCACUGGUCGUGGAAAUGGUGUUGGCUACUGACAUGUCGUGCCAUUUCCAACAGAUAAAAGCUAUGAAGAACUUCCUGCAGCAACCUGAGGCGAUUGACAAGCCUAAGGCCUUAUCUUUGCUCCUGCACACCGCUGAUAUUAGCCACCCAGCCAAACACUGGGAUCUCCAUCACCGCUGGACCACCUCUCUCCUGGAGGAGUUCUUCAGACAGGGGGAUAAAGAAGCAGAGCUGGGCCUGGCUUUCUCUCCUCUCUGUGAUCGCAAGUCCACCAUGGUGGCCCAAUCACAGAUCGGGUUCAUAGACUUCAUCGUGGAGCCGACCUUCACUGUGCUGACGGACAUGACCGAGAAGAUUGUGACACCGCUCAUUGACGAGGCAUCACGCUCUGGACUGGUAAACUUCAGACGCUCCAGUCUAAACAGCAUGAGCAGCAGCAAUGGGAAACAUUCCAGUGUAAAAAAUCCUGGUUCAGAAGGCAGCGGAGCCCUCAAUUGUUCCUUGACCACAGUGGACUUCAAAAGCUUCAAGGCCACAUGGAAUCAUGAAGUUUGUCAAAACAGAGAGAAGUGGAAGGCUCAGGCAGCUCAAGACCUGGCAGAGAAGGUGAAGAAAGAGGCUCUGGAGGCCAGUCAGGAGGAGGAGAGGAAAGAAGAGAAAAAUUCAGUAACUACAAAUGACAAUGACAAAAGAGGACAGGAGACAAAAGAGAAGAAGUUGGACGGGGAGGGAGAGGAGGACGUGGAGGGAGGCCAGAGGGAACAAGUGCAAGAGGAUGAAGAGGACAAGAAUCCAGUGGGGGCUUCAGACUCCACAUUAGAACCAGGCCAAAAGCACACAGACCCCAAGGAGCCUGAGACCCACACAGACAAGCAGCAGAUUCACAACGAUUCUGAUGGGGAAUGCCGUCUGACUCAUUACUACCAGAGACCCAGCUACUGUGCCAGCUCCUACCAGCUGGUGAAAUCAAACGUUGCUGAGGUGCAGCCUAUCGAUGCCAGGGAAAAAGCCAGGCGGCUUCAGCACAUCUCCUUACGUUGGGGAAAGUGA